AUGGAUGUGAAGUUGUGUAAUGAUGACUUUGAGGAAUCAGAUGAUAAGUGCCCUGUUUUCAGAGAGGCCAUCAUUGGUAGUGACGCUGAUCACGCCAGUAGGAGGUGUCCUGUUACUGGAGCUGCUAACUUUGAGUGUGAAUCUGGUAUGAACACAGACCCAUCACUUUCUUCUAACAGUGAAAAAUCAGUUGUAACAAGGCAUUCUUCCACCAAAAAUAUACAUUCAGAGGAUAUUUAUAAUAUAUCUGAAGAUUAUAGACAACUUGCUUCAGGGUGUCCUGUGGAUGGAUUUACUUUGGUCAAGUGGAGUGAUGAGGAUGUGAGUGCCAAGCGGCCCAAGCGAAUGAAGUUUUCAGUCAAUGAACAUCCUAAACAUAUACCUGUUUCAGGAAAGAUUCAGAAUUCAUAAGCGGUUCCAAGAGAAAUUGUUAUGGACAUGUUCUGUCCAUCUAGAGACUCUGUUGGUGAAACAAUAACAGUCUGUGUAGUUGAAUCAUCAAGUCAUGGCGUCACAUCUAGUUGCCAUCUGUUGAGGCAACAUUUAGAAAUUGACAGACUGGGUGUUGCGAGUAACAAAGAUGUUUUAAAGUGUAAAAUCCCAGGCAUAAAUGGGAAUGAUGGAAAAGAAGUGGUUGCGAGGGAAGCCAUCGCUUCACCUGUUUCCCAGGAAAGCUUUUCGACCAGUUUAUUGUUUUCAAGCCCAUCUAUCACCAUUGCAGAGCAGUCUGUAUCGCAACUUACCGAGGAAAGAACAAAGCUAUUGGAAUCUCCAAAAAUGGAUGGAUUGAAUUUGUAUCUGAAGACUGACCCCGUAAAGGAUCCUCGUCCUCUUAUCCAGUACUAUGUCAUUCACCUGCUUGAGGAAGCAGGACGGCAUAUUGAGAGGUGUAAAAGACCUAGUAGGCGAUAUAUGGAGUCAGUCUAUCUAACACCAAAGGGAAAGCCGAUUCGUGAAUUCCCUAAAGUUUGGAGGUUAUGUGGGGAGCUUUUAUUUGAAGAUAGGUGUAUUUUUAUGCAGGAAGAUGAUGGUAAGGAAUGGGUUGAUUUUAGUCACUUCUAUUCAGAUCUUUCUGAUGUAUUGAUGAAUGUAGAAAGAGAGAUGAAUCAUUCAGAAACUACUAGCACAUUGGAUCAGAGGUGGAGGCUUUUAAAUCCCUUCGUGACUGUUGUAUUUAUUGAUAGAAAGAUUGGUGCAUUGAGAAAGGGAGAGGUAGUUAAAGUGACUAAAAGUUUAGUUAUUGAUAAGAAGGAGAAAACUGAUGCUGUUUUGGUCUUGACAAGCAGUGUUGAACAUCAUUUUCCACAGAGACAGGUGUCAGCUGAAGAUGCAUUGACAGAGUUUAAGGGGAACUACCAUGCCUGCCAUAAAAAAGUCUCAGGACAGAAAAAUAAUGGGGCAGUGGAAUUUCUGACAGGUGUAUCUGCUUACGAGGCUGAUAGUAUGUGUUUUGUGGAUAUCAUUAAGGGGAUGGAAAAUCAAUGUAGUGGAAUAUCUGUGAACAAAAUAAGCAGUCUGGGUUUAACAUUGUUACAAGGUUGUGCGUCUGAUAGCACAUUUUUCCAUUUGGGUUGUUGUCUCUGCAAUGUUCUUGUUACUUCCAGAAACAGUAGUGAUGAGCUCGGAGGGUCUGGAGCCAUUACCCCUCAUCCGGAUAGUAAUACAAAUUUGCCAAGCUCUGAUAAACAGGCUUCUGACCACAACAUGGACACACCUAAAGAAGUUGCAGAGUAUGUGCCAAUGGACUCUUUGGAGGAGAAAAAUAAAUGUCUAGUAGGCAAAAAUACUGAUAAGCUGGAAAGUCAUCUGCAGGGAUCAUUGGUUGACCAUCCAAACUGCCCAAAUGAUCAUCUGUAUCGCUCACAGGACUCGGAGGCAGAUCAGCAAUCUGAACAUAGUGAACAUGAACGCGAGAAGUGCUCUGAAGCUUCAAAGUUCAAAAUGGUGGAUACAUUUUCUUCAGUAGAUAUUAUUAGGAAAAGGAAGACACGCAGGAAGUCUAGAAAGAUCUCAGAAAUCGAACUGAGCACAUUAUACCAAAGUGACAUUGUAGGCACAACUUCUACCGACAUGAUUGGCAUGCCCAAUAUCGAAGAACAUGGGGCUCAGUCAGAGUUGAAAGAGGUCCAGGAGAUCCUCAUUGCAAUUACUCCUGUGAAUGCAAGAAAUAAAGGAAGUCGCAAUAACUCCGCAUCUUUAGGCUCUUGCCAACAUCAAAUCAAGAAAAAAUGCUCAAGGGUGAAGAAAAUGCAUCGUGACCAUCAUGGUUCUAGAUCGGGAAAAAAGAAACCUUGCCAAAUUGAAGAUGAUGACCUAUCGGUUUCAGCCAUAAUAAAAAACAAGGAUUUCUGCCCAAGUACAGCUCGGCAUUCUUCUAAAAAGAAAGCCUGCAAAUCAAGAGCUCUGAGAAUGCUUAAAAGCCAAAAGGGUUGUUGCAGGUUGCUUCCAAGAAGCAUGGGUAGUGGAGGGAAGCACUUCACGGAUGGAAAGUCGUAUUCUGCUGGAGCAAGAACAGUCUUAUCAUGGUUGAUCGAUGCUGGAGUCAUAUCUCUCAAUGAUGUGAUCCAGUAUCGGAACUCCAAGGAUGAUUCUGUUAUUAAAGAUGGUCCGGUUACCAGGGAUGGUAUUAUUUGUAAAUGUUGCAGCAAGGUACUUAUGAUCUCUGAGUUCAAGAUCCAUGCAUGUUUCAAACUGAACCGCCCCUGCUUGAAUCUAUUCAUUAAGUCUGGUAAGCCCUACACAUUAUGCCAGCUUCAAGCCUGGUCUGCUGAAUACAAGAUCAGGAAAAAUGGCACUCGGUUGGUGAAAGGGGAUGAGGAUGAUCAGAAUGAUGAUUCAUGUGGGCUAUGUGGUGAUGGAGGCGAGUUGAUAUGCUGUGAUUUCUGCCCCUCUACUUUUCAUCAGGCUUGUUUGGCUACACAGGAGCUCCCUGAAGGCAGCUGGUACUGCCCGAGUUGCACCUGUCGGAUAUGUGGAGAAUUGGUUAAUGAUAAAGAGGCUUCAGGUUCUUCUGACGCAUUAAAAUGCUCACAGUGCGAGCAUAAAUAUCAUGAGGCAUGCAUGAAAGGAAGGUUUGUAUAUGAGGGAGUAGUAGCGGACAGUUGGUUUUGUGGUGGAAGCUGUCAGGAGGUUUACUCAGGUCUUCAGUCUCGUGUUGGGCUCAUCAAUCAUAUUGCUGAUGGUUUUUCAUGGAUAUUCCUUAGAUGCAUUCAUGAUGACCAAAAGGUUCAUUCUGCCCAACGUUUUGCCCUGAAGGCCGAAUGCAAUUCAAGAUUAGCUGUUGCUCUUACAAUCGUGGAGGAAUGAUUUCUGUCCAUGGUGGAUCCAAGAACAGGCAUAGACAUGAUACCCCAAGUUUUGUACAAUUGGGCGUCAGAUUUUGCACGUCUAAAUUUUUAUGGGUUUUACUCAGUGGUCUUGGAGAAAGAUGGUGUGCUUAUAUCUGUAGCAUCCAUCAGGGUGCAUGGAACUACAGUUGCAGAGAUGCCUCUUAUUGUAACUUGCAGCCAAUACCGUCGCCAGGGAAUGUGCCGACGCCUUAUGGUUGCUAUUGAAGAGAUGCUAAUAUCUUUCAAGGUGGAAAAGUUAGUGAUAGCUGCCAUUCCAGAUGUAGUGGAGACAUGGACUGAGGGUUUUGUCUUUAAACUUUUGGAUGACAAUGAAAAGAAAAAUCUGAAUAAGAUCAACUUGAUGGUUUUUCCUGGGACAAUUUUUCUCAAAAAACACUUGUAUGAAAAUCGUAUGGCAGAUAGACAUUAUGGACCAGGUGACAAUUCACCCUCGGAUGAUAAAGUAGAUACUUGUUCCAAAGGAGAGACCAUGACAGAGUCCCAACAGCAGUCUGAUGGUAACUCCUGCAGGAACCUAGUUAAUGCUGAAUCAAUAAUCCUCGAUGACAGGUUAUCCAUUCCAGAGAAGAGACAACGAUUGGAUCUAAACCAAGUUGGUGCUGCAAUAGACAUUGAACUUGUGGAAGGCUACAAUUUGCAGGAAUUCAAAGUUGUUGCCAAAGCAGAAGUCAAAUUGGUACAGAAAUCUGAUGGAACCUGCUGCGCGUUUGAAGUUGGCAGUGAAAUAAAAAUUGGACUUUUGGAUGCGAAAAAUCUGCAGGAAUCUGAAGAUGGUCACAAAAUGGAAAUCGCUCGCUGUGAGAAGCAGUCUGAUGGAAACUGUUGGGCAGAUGAAGGUGGAGCUGAAUGGGGUAUCGGGUAUACAGAAGGCCAUAAAAUGCAAAUAGGUGAAAACCAAGUACGAACUUUGCAGGACCAAUUUUCAGAGCUGUCCUGCGGAGGGGUCCCAACAUUUGAGGAUAGCCAGCCUAAAAUAGUUUCUGGUAUUGUAUUCUCAGGAAUGUAUGAUGAAACACAGAUUUCUUUGGACCUACAGCAGCAGAAAAAUCUGAGUUGAAAGAAAAUUUGAAAUAAAUUAUAUGUUGGAAGGAUU